AGCCGUAUAAUCAGAUUGCAGACAGCUGAUCAAAUGAUAGGAAAGUUUUCGGACACAUUUAUAUGCUUUGACAUGCGCGAGAAAUAUUUGCAGUAUUCUUAACUUUGGUGAUAUACUUCAACAGAAGUGAAAAAAAACGUAUAACAGCAUUAAGAAAGAUCUUAAGGAAAUUAAGAACUAUGCGAUUGCUGAAAAAAAUAUAAUUCAAUCAAAUCAAUUAAAUCAAAUACAAUUUAUUUUGAUUAAAUUAAGCAGUAUUUUUUGAACGACUUUUAAGAGAACUUACAAGAAAGUGUGACAGAUUCUGACAGGACUUCGCGUUUAUUUCGUUCUGCUUCCGGAAAGGAACAUUAAUAAAAUGAGUUUUGUGACAUUGAUAUUUACGACAUUGGUUGCCAUGGCGACGAUUUCAAAUGUGAAAGGUCACGGGAUGCUGUGGGACCCCCCGCAACGGUCGUCCGCGUGGAGAUUCGGAUACGACGUUCCGAAAAACUACAAUGAUAAUGAACAGUUUUGUGGCGGUGCCGGGGUUCAGUGGAAUCAGAACGGGGGUCGUUGUGGAGUGUGCGGUGACAAUUACGCCGAUGCCGUAAAAGAAAACGAAGAUCUCAACGGAAAAUAUGUGACCGGAACGAUAACCGGAAGUUACGUCAAAAGUGCCAAUAUUGAGGUUACCGUAAGGCUUACAGCCAAUCACAAAGGGUGGUGGGAGUUUAGGCUUUGCCCUUUACCAAAUUCACGCACGAAAGUGACGCAAGAGUGUCUCGAUCAAUACCUUCUCACGACCGAUAACGGGAACACCCGAUACGACCUCGUAGCCAAUCAGAUCAUCGACAGCAGAGAAUUCAAGGUCGGGCUGAAAUUACCCGAUAACGUCACGUGUGAAAAUUGUGUCCUGCAGUGGAAAUACAAUUCAGGGAAUAGUUGGAGCUGCAAUAGCACUACUUGCUGCCUUGGGUGCGGACCGGGCCAGGAAAAUUUCUGGAACUGCGCGGACAUUAGAAUCGUGGACUCUGGAAGCAGUGGACAAACAACAACACCAACAGAAGCAACAACGGCGGUAUCAACAACAGAAACAGCAGUAACAACAGCACACGUAACAACCCCAUCUCCUCCAGCCAUAUCCACAACACCUUCUUCAAUGACAACUACAACGCCAGCAGUAAUUACAACCACUCUUCAAACUACUACUGCCACUACCGCAUCAAAACCUACAUCAUUACCGUCUUCAACAACAACAUCUUCACCGUCGUCAUCGUCAUCAUCCUCAACAACAACAGUGUCCUCAUCAACCACAGAUUCCAAAAUAACUUGUAACGCGAUUGGUGCUUGGUUCGGCAAUAGUGCAAUGGAUGCUUGGUGCGCAACCAACUGCGCCGCCGGAAACUGCCCGUCCACUUACUGCGCAUGUACCGGCGUCAAGUCCGUUUGCGCAUGCGAACCAGUUGCGCCUUUUAAUGUUCCCGGUAUGAAAGAGUGGUGUUGUAAGAAUUGCGCAUUAGGCAAUUGUCCGCCCACCAAUUGUUCAUGUUAACAUUCUCAAUUAACUGCUAUAAAUUUAUUUUCUGCGAUAAAUUUUGUGAAGAAAAAAUUUGUAAGAAUUGCGCAUUAGGCAAUUGUCCGCCCACCAAUUGUUCAUAUUAACAUUCUCAAUUAACUGUUAUAAAUUUAUUUUCUGCGAUAAAUUUUGUGAAGAAAAAAAAUGAAAAUGAAGUUAUUUUUUUUUACUGAAAUGUCGAAAUUGUAAAAGAAAUGUGUACAUGUAUUGCUUACUUGUACAGAUGAUGAAAGAUUUGUCUUAGAAUGACAGAAAACAAUUGUACAGUUAAUUAAAUACGUCACUGUUAAUAUAAAUGUUGGCAUAUAAUGUAACCAAUGUUCAUUAUUGUUAAUCAAUAAUAGAGGACAUAAAUAAGCAGUUUGUUCGUUUUUAUAUUUGAGUUUAACGACAACUCAACACAUACCGGUCAUCUUUUCAUCUCGUGUCGUUUGUAAAUGAUGAUGUUGGAAUCAAUAAAGCAAUAUAGACUA